GCACUUGGACAGCGCAAGUAUUUUCUGCUUUUCCUUGUAACAGAGCUGCCCUAGCAAGGAAGAACCCAGAGUUUCCCUCUGACAGUAUGGAAUGCUAGCUUGGAGCUCAUCUGACACACCUGAGGAGGAACCUGUGACAUUCCAGAUUUAGAUGUUUCAAUGGAUAUGUGGAGCUACUUCCAUACUUGCCUGGUGUCCAUAUGGCUGCACAGAUUUUACAUCUAUUCUACUGUUGCUUUUGGGAUCAGCCUUUGGAUUGUCAUUCAUUUCACCACCACCAGAAACAAAAGGAAGGAUGAGAAAUCCCAUGAGAAUCCCUCUUCCCCUGAGGGAACAUCAGACAAAAUGGGAAAUGGAUGUGCCCCCCGUCAGGCACAGGGGUUCCAUGUUGCUGGAGUGAAGAUUUUCUAUGGCUCUCAGACUGGCACAGCAAAGAGAUUUGCCAAAGCUCUGGCUGAAGCUGUUACUUCCCUUAAUUUGCCUGUGGAAGUCAUUAACAUGGGAGACUAUGAUCCAGAAGAUGGGUUAGUAGAGGAGACAAACAGCAGGAACAUCUGUGUGUUCCUGGUGGCCACCUACACCGAGGGGCAGCCCCCGGAGAGCGCAGCCUGGUUCUGCAAGUGGCUGGAGGAGGCAGCCAAUGACUUCCGUGUUGGGAAAAGCCUCCUGCAGGGCCUGAGAUACGCCGUGUUUGGGCUGGGGAACUCGGCCUAUGUGAAUCACUACAACACAGUUGGAAGGAGGAUGGACAGGUGGCUGUGGAUGCUCAGUGCCAGCAGGAUCAUGGCUCGAGCUGAGGGGGACAGCAAUGUGGUCCAGAGCAAGCACGGCAGCAUUGAGGCUGACUUUGAGGCCUGGAAAGCCAAAUUCCUCAUUCGGCUCCAGGCGCUCUGCAGAGGGGAAAAGAAGCCCUGCAGGGGGAAGUGCAAGAAGGGGAAGUGCAAAUCUUCAGGGAAGCAGAGCAAGGAAAGCUUGGACCAUGACCAUGAGACGUCAGAACAGGACAACACUGAGGCAGAGGAAUUGUUUGAAACCAGUAGUGAGGAGGAAGCUGGAAGCACAGAUUCUGUCAUUGAUGUUGAAGAUCUUGGCAAUAUCAUGGGCCGCAUGAAGAAAGCAAAGAGAGAGCAGGAGCUGCAGGAAGGAGCUGCUGGAGCUGAGAGGAGAGAGAUGAUCACCCCGGCCCUGAGGGAGGCACUCACUAAACAAGGUUAUAAACUCAUUGGGAGCCAUUCUGGGGUGAAGCUCUGCCGAUGGACAAAGUCGAUGCUGCGGGGCCGCGGGGGCUGCUACAAGCACACCUUCUAUGGCAUUGAGAGCCACCGCUGCAUGGAGGCCACCCCCAGCCUGGCCUGUGCCAACAAGUGUGUCUUCUGCUGGAGGCACCACACGAACCCCGUGGGCACCGAGUGGCGGUGGAAGAUGGACCAGCCCGAGGUGAUCCUGCAGGAGGCCCUCGAGAAGCACCAGAACAUGAUCAGACAGUUCAAAGGCGUGUCAGGAGUGAAGGCAGCUCGGCUGGAGGAAGCUCUGGCAGUGAAGCACUGUGCCCUGUCCCUGGUGGGGGAGCCCAUCAUGUACCCACACAUCAACCACUUCGUGAGGCUCCUGCACCAGCACGGCAUCUCCACCUUCCUGGUCACCAACGCCCAGUUCCCUGAGGAGAUCAGGAGGCUGGAGCCUGUGACCCAGCUCUACGUCAGUGUGGAUGCCAGCACCAAGGAGAGCCUGAGGAGGAUUGACAGACCCCUCUUCAAGGACUUCUGGCAGAGGUUUCUAGACAGCUUAAAGGCCUUAGCUGAAAAGCAACAGCGCACUGUUUACAGGCUGACCCUGGUGAAAGCUUGGAACGUGGAUGAACUCAAAGCUUAUGCUGACCUGAUAUCCCUUGGGAAACCAGACUUCAUCGAGGUCAAGGGUGUGACCUACUGCGGGGAGAGCUCUGCCAGCAGCCUGACCAUGGCCAACGUGCCGUGGCACGGGGAGGUGGUGAGCUUCGUGCAGGAGCUGGCGCGGCUGCUCCCGGAGUACGGCAUCGCCUGCGAGCACGAGCACUCCAACUGCCUGCUGCUGGCCCACAGCAAGACUGAGACCCCAAACUUGAACCUGGGGAGGAGCAGUUCUGGAGGAAUGUUGGCAGGAGUCCCCUGCUCCACAUCUCUAACAGGCUUCCAGCUCACACUGGCUGCUUCCUUUGGAUAUUAGUGCUGAAAUCAGAGUAGUGCUGAAUAAACUCAGAAAUGUUCGUAGCAGAAUCAGUGUGAGACAGAAAAUGAGCGUUCACAUUGUUCAGAGAUUCGAUAUUAUUUUUUAUCAAUAGGAUUCCGGAUUUUCUAGGCUGUUUGCAGACUUCACUCCUUUGAUAACACAAUGUGAGUUUUUGAUGUUUCUUAUCUCCCAUCUAAAGCCUUCAAAGCCAGGCAGCGAGGGCCAGGCUGUGCUGGCUUUGUGCUCCCUUUGUUCUGUUUUCCCUGUGCCUGGAGAUCCCAAACCUCCUGCACAGGGCAGUGGCAGCUCCUCCCUCCCUCCCUGCCCGGCAUCACUCCCUGGGAAGGUCUGGCUGCGGGGCUGCCUCGGCCCUGCAGGGUUUUGUGACCUGGACAAGCCCCAGAGUGACCCCACUGCAGACCCUGAGAGAGGAGCUUGGGCUGGAGGUCCCUUCCAUCCCAUACUAUCUGGGGGUUGUUCCAUGUAAGAGCUGAGUUUUGCCCUGGGCCAUCCCAAAUGGUUCCCAGCCAUUCACUGGGGAUUUUGCUCCCUGUCCCAUAACAGAAUCCUGAGUCCCUCCUGCAGCCAAGGCAAACCCGCUCUGCUCUUUGCACCUCAAGGCCACCAGAGCAGGAUCCUUUCCCCUUACCAUUGUCUCCUCCCGUGGUUUUAGGGUGGUUUUGGGGGUAUCUGUUUUUUCCUUCAAGAUCUUUAAGUUGUUAUCCAAAACCCAGCUUCCCUCAAGGCCUUCUGUGUCUAAUCAGCAAAUAUCACCUGAUUUUGUGGGGAUGAAGUCAUUAUGUCUCCCUCAGCAAAAAGCCUGCUUCUCCUUUUUCCCCAGGGGGAGGAGAGGCCUUCCCUCAGGAUUAUGGGAUUAAGCAGAGCUUUAAAAGAGAGAUCUUGCUUUGUUGCUUAAAGAGC